UCGUCAUUCAUCGAUCUGGAUUAGCGAUCGUAAUAUACUUUCCAUCCGCUGUUCAAUAUACGUUUAUAAUUCUAAUCCAAAGUUACGAAGGUCGUGUUUACCUUCGCGCACGAUCACGGACAAGCGCGUAAAUACAUCGUUCGGUAUGCGAACGCUAUACAGAAAUAAGAAGAGUACUUUAAACAUUCAUCUAGUCGUCCGUUGACGUCGUAACGGUCUUCGGUUAACGAACGGUUGUCUCGAUCCGUACGUUUCAAAGCCCCAAACGAACAAAUUUACAUGCGAAAUACGGAAUAUAACAAGCAAGGUGGAAAUGGCAUUGUCGAUAGCUUUGCCUCUGUCUGGUUUAGAAGCUGAACACUUUUACGCGAUAGGAAGUAGACUUUUGUACGAGCAAGGAUUGAGAACUUUGGCCGGUUAUGGACCGAUUUCACCGAGUACUUGCAGCGAAUCGAGCGGAGUCGGUAGUCUCGUGCCUUCUAUCGAAUCGUCGACGCCGGGACAAACGCCAGCUUCUUCCAGACCAGGAACACCCGCCGAAGAUGUUCCCAAAAAGCAACAAAAGCUGAACACGCAAUUUCGUAUUUACUACAAGCAACGAGAUAUAUUAAACUUGGGAGCGAACAUCAGAGAACCGUUUUGGCAGAUGAGAGUCCCGACGAUGCCACGAUACGAUUUCAAAAGCUUCAUGGAAAAUCGAUCGAUCUACUAUCGUUUAGGCGAAUACGGUUUAAUCGAGGAAUAUCCAACGGUAAGGAAAUCUUUGAUCGUCGAUACAUGUUCAAUAAAUAGAAAGAAAAUCAUCGGAUAGCGAGGUAUUUAAUAUUACGAAACAAUUUAUCAAGUACAUCGUAUACAAAAGUAUCCUCCAUUGCACGAUACAUUAAUUACGGUACAGCGUUUCAUUGUAAAAAUUUUUGCAAUGACUCGUUACAGACACGGUAAUUAAUUUGUACUGUUUCGAUACGUAAAAUUAUCUCGAGUAAUUCGGCGUUUCCUACGUAAGAAGAAGAAAAAUUACAAACGCCAUCACCUUUUUGAUUCCAAAACGUUUCUGUUCG